AUGGAGGAGCUGAGCGCCGUGGGAGAGCAGGUUUUUGAUGCGGAAUGCAUUUUGAACAAACGCCUGAGAAAGGGAAAGUUGGAGUUUCUGGUGAAGUGGAGGGGAUGGUCGUCCAAACACAACAGCUGGGAGCCCCAAGAGAACAUCCUCGACCCGAGACUGUUGGCCGCUUUCAACAAGAAAGAGCAAGAAAAGGAGCUUCUGAUACGUAAGAAAGGGAAAAGGCCGAGAGGACGACCACGGAAAAUUCUAGAAAGCGUGCCUGAAGCUCCGAAGUCAAGCAGCUCUUCGUCUGGAUCAUCAUCCUCCUCCUCCGAUUCCUCAUCCUCGUGCUCCUCCUCUUCGUCCUCGUCAGACGACGAUGAGGACGACGUCAAACAGGCGAAUGCGAGCGUCAGAACGAGAGACCUUCAUCCCGUCCCCCAGAAGAAGGCACAGAUUGUCGUGGCGAAACAGGAGCCCCCUAAGAAGCGGAGCAGGAAACCUCUGCCCCCCGACGGGAAGGAAUUCCAACAGAACAAGGGCCCUCGCAAAAUCCUGAAGACGGCCAAAGAUACGGAUCUUCCAGGAGCGAUCAAGAAGCCCGUUCACCCGGCAAGCUUCACCUUCAUGGGUUUUCAUCGGGGCUCUGCCAGGGAUCCCGUGGGUGGUCCAAACAGGGGCUCUCUGACCCAGGGCGGGGCUGUAAAAAACCCCAUGAGCUCUGUGGGAUCUGGCAGGUCAGUCCAGCCGUCCAGCCAGAGCAGGAAUGUCACAGAGGGCAAACUGUCCAUCUCCAGUAUGACCAGCGGAACAAGUCUGGAUUUGAAAGCAGCUGCGAGUAAAUCGAAAGGGGUCGCAGCGCUGAAUCUGAAUACAUCCAAACACCCCAUUCAAGGAACCACUCAGCAUACACUAAGUUCUCCCAAUGGACAAAAGAAACCCCAGGCCCCCGUGUCAACACUGCAGCGGAUACCCAAUGCUAAAGAAGUGGCUUCCUUACCGUCCAAGAAUGUCUCCUCCAAUCAGGGUUCCGGUCUUCAGCCCCUCAACCUUCAGAACAAACCGGUGCAAAGCAGUGAUGCUCCUGGAAAUGGCACCGCUCCGGUAUCCGGCCUGAGAAAUCCUGCAAACCCAGCCAGAAAAACUACUGUCACACUGAAUCAGGAGUACAAUCCUCCUAAGAGUCCGGCGACCCCUGGAAGACUGCAGGCCAGGAAGAACCAGCCCGGGGCAGACAAGGCGAAGGAGAUGAGUGAGAUCCAGACCCCCAGAGUCCAAGGCAGGCUGGAGAAGAGCGGCGUGCAGAAAUCCUCCGCGGAGGUCCAGAGCCAGCAGGAGAGAUCGGCCUCCAAAGACGGCAAGAAAGCCAAAAUGAACGACAUGAGCACGGGCGAAGACGAGAGCAGCUCGGACUCGGACCAGGACUACGCCGGGCAGAAACGCUCGGUCGCGGUCCAGAACCAGGACUGGAAGCCCACGCGGAGUCUGAUAGAGCACGUGUUCGUAACGGAUGUCACGGCUAAUCUGGUGACCGUCACGGUCAAGGAGUCUCCGACCAGCGUGGGCUUCUUCAGCAUCCGCAACUACUGACAGGACUCCAGGCUCCGCGAGCCUGAUGUGAAGCAGACUGGUGGCUUUUGGGUUUGAAUGAAUUCGAUAAACCUUUUUUCUGGAGGAUUCCUGAGAAAUGCAUCAGGGAACGGAGGUUCGUUUGCUUUUCGUCUGCUUUUAGAAAAAAGACUGAUUGUAAGGUUAAAAAAAACAAACCCAUCAGUUAUUGAUUGUGAUUAUUUAUUUGCUCAUGUCUACAAGUUGUUCAGGAAGUGGCGGUGGAGGAAGGAUGCUGACAGACACCCACCACAUUCAUCCUUAAAGUAUGAAGAUAACAAUCUACCCCGUGUGGGUUUGCUGAAUCCGUCUGAAAUAGUGUUCUUUCAUGAUGGUCUCAUGGGUUUCUCUGUUGAUGAGGUUUGUGUUAACAUGAGGAAUGCCAGUCCUGGGGAGGUAGACGUGAGCAGGAGGGUUAGCUUCUUAAUGAGUAGCAGACAUUUAGUUCAUGAUGUGUCAGUGUUGUGAAUCCAUAUCAAGCAAUAGCUAAUGUAAACCAGUUUUAACUCCUAGUAUAGUGUUUAUUUUUUUAAUGUUUCAGAAAUUAGCUACCUCCGUUUUCUGCAUAUGUACAUUUGUUUGUCGCGGGACAGGAAAACCUUUCCCUCCGGGCUGCACCGUCGUUGUGUUGCUCUAAACGUAUCGGACUCACGUGCUGCAUAAACUCGUGUUAGUGGCGGCGAGCGGCAGACAACAGCUUCAUCGCAACAGCCUCCGACUUCCACGCCGUGUUGAUCACCAUUAUCGCCUCAGAGAGGAGUUCCAUUCCACAGUGCGGCCGGUUUAUCGGCGCCGUCCUCCAAACGGACUGAAGCAUGCGGCGAGCCAGAUACAGUAUCUCUGCUCCUCCCUGGUGCUCAGAUAAGACCUGGUCCUGGCUGAGGUUUGCUCUUCUGCCUCUGCAUCGGUUCUGUCCUCAUUCACCAGCAGCGUGAACCUUCUCAGCCGUGUACUUAUAAUAUGGACGAACACCAGAGGAGUGUUUGUGCUGACAUGGCAGGAAGAUCGCGGACAUGACACCUGAGGGUGCCCUCGAUCUGUUCGUCAUUUCAUCGACGUUUGAGGUCGCUGAAGGCAGCGGCUUUGAAACCACUGCGGGGAAAUGUUGGGUGUGGACGAAGCUUGACAAUAAACCGCUCAGCAUUGUUUGCUGCAGACCACAAAACACCAGAUUUCACUCUGUCGAUUGCUGCUGGUGUUUCAAAACGUCGAGUACUGAAAUACCAGAUUUUUUUUUUUUUUUUUUUUACUUGCAGCUGCAGACGUCUCACUUCGCCCGCCUGCAUGGGUUCAGGAGCUGCAGGCCCAGCCUCCCAGAGAGAGAGAAAAAAAAGGGGUUUUAUCUGAUGUAACGGAAAAGAAACCACAACAAUGUGCGCUACUUUCUGCUCCCCUGAGAGGAGUUCAGCAACCAAGCACUUCAACUGAACUCUUCUGUCUAAUCCUGCUCUGCAGACUGUGCCUUUCUUUCCUUCAAAGACUAAACACAAAGGCAUUACCCCAAAGAUAGCUAGAAUUUCAGGUUGUUCAAUAAAAGAGGACCCCUAGAGCAUAGCAUGGAGACUGGACCAGUUUUAUUGUCUUGUCGUACUGUUUUGAAACGGGAAACCAAACCCUGCUGGAAGAGCACGGAACAGACACACAUCUGAUGCCUUAUUGAAACAAUUAGAGUUGUGUAGGUUAAAGUUAGAGAAGUAGCUCACGUUCAGGAUCGGCUGAAAAGCUAAAGUGCAUUCUCUUAUCACACGUGUUCCAGGUGAAAAUGUUGGGCUCCAGGAUAUAUCUCCUUUGGCAGGUAAAGAUUAGUCUAGGCGCACUCAGAAAGUCAUUUAUCACCACCGUGUGAUGGACUGUGGGCUGACUCAAGGUCUUUAUAUGAUUUUAUUUGAAUUGUAUCUUCAUUGAUGAAAAGAACAAACUUGGCACCUGUGGUCUCUUUCUUAGAUCUACUAACCAUCUCAAUGCAAAGUUCUCUUUACAGUCUAUUUAUUUCAAGUCAGGAGCCUUUCAGGGUAGGACAGUGUCAUCAAUCCUUAUU